AUGCUGCUUGGAAUGACGCUGCCGGUCGGGAGUUCAGAUUCCUUCACGGAGCGGAGCCGCAUGUCCUCCCGGCUCAUCGAUGCGGAGAUGGAGAACAAGCGCCUGAGGAAAGCGCUUGAGGAGCAGGCGCAAUACGUCGUGCAGCACAACGCUGAGAUGCAACUUCAACACGCCGAUGCUCUGGCUAAGAUGAUGGGCCGUCUUCGGGGAAGCAAGGAGGACGAGGAAGCUGGACAGGGUCCCAUCCCGCCCAGCUCGCUUCUACCUGCCAUGCAAGCUGAUGGCUCUUCGAAUCCGCAACCACCUCCACCACCGUCGCCGGGACAAGGAAAAGCCUGGACCUCAUGGCCCAGCUCUGCAGGGGUGCGGAAGGAGGACUCCGCGACUACGGGCAUGGACCGACUGCACGACGAGCUUCUGAGCUUGUCACACUCCGGCCCAAGGACUUCGCAGGCUGGGGAUCAGCCCGGCGAUGCCGCUCACGACCAGGAGCGUCUAGGUGCCGAGGCUGCUUCUGCUGUGGUCCGGAUGCAGGGCCGGCUGCAGAAGCUGCGGAAGCUCACCACAGCGAUGAAGAUCCAGGCGAUGGAGCAAGAAAUGGGAACCAUGGGAGAAGGUGAUCCCGAGGAUGAGCCUGUCAGUCCACGGAGCCCACUAGCUGCGGCAGUGGAAGCCGCGGCAGCCGUACAGGAGCUGCAUAGCGAGUUGGACGACAUGUGCGACGUUACUGCUUCUGUUGCGGCUGCGUUGCGAAGCAGUGUCGAAGAGAAUGUGAAAACCCGGGAAGCAGUUGCCAUGCUCAAUGACCAGGUCAGGAUGGCUGAAGAGGCCUUGAAGAGCUCUCCAGCUCUUGAGAAGGAUGAACACUUACAGCGCUGCUUGCUGAAAGUGCAGCAUCUGAAGCACUCCACUACCUUCUACGAGGUUUCUGGCGUCUUUGGCCGACUCUGGCGAGACAGCCUGGACCGCCAGGCGCGCAAGACCCGACGUGCUUCCCGGGAGAAGGCUGUGGAGUCGACCAUGUCCGGGCCAUAUGUGCUGUCACCAGAAGCUGGAUCUGCCGUCGCAGCAGCACUGAGCGAGCCGAAGAACGACUGCUCAGAGGCAUCUGCACAGGGCGAGCCUCCUCCGGAGCUUUUGGCACGGAGGUGCAGUCUGCCUUCUCCAGUGAGACCAGAAGGUUCACGCCAGAACUCCCGACGUCGGGCCAGCGCCAGCGAGGCGGUGCAUGGCUCCUGGGGAGUUGGGGAGCCUAUACGAUCCCAGUCGAUCCGUGCGCAGAACCUGUACUUGCCACCUGCCGCGGCACCUUUAGGUUCAGCCCUGGUGAUCAAGGCGGUCACUCCGAGCCCUGGUCAGUCGCCUCGCUCUCCCAGCCCAGAGGAGCCGGAGGUGGAUGACCUGGCGACAGUGACUUCCUCGCAGCUGCGCCUCGUCCACCGCUCCCCGCGGCCACGCUCGGCCUCGGCGCUGCAAACGAAGGCGCCAGGCCCCGACAAGGCAGAGCUCACGUUGGAGCAAGCCUUCGACCAGGAAGACCCUCUCUGCCAAGCUCGAGCGCGACCCCGAGUCGUGCCGCCACUAUCCGAGAGGCCCAGCAGCAGACACAGCACCGGAGGGCGUGCUGCCUCGAAGAGCCCGCGACCAUCCAUCUGA